AUGGACAGUUUUGACAACUCUUAAGCUUGCUUUUUUACUGUUUCAGAUUGCAGCGGCGCAACUGUUGGCACGAGUCAUUGUAACACUAGGAUACAUACCUCCGGGUGACGGAAUGCGUUUAUUGUUUGAGAGGCUGCACGGGCAAUUGUCAGCAGAAGACAUGGCUGAGGUUCUGGAACUGGCACAGAUUUUUGUGGAAGAGUUACCUGACCGGAUAAUUACGUCCGAGCAUGACGACGAAUUGCCGACACUUGGGACCCGCGUGCGGCGUGGUCCGGGCUGGAAGCAUCAGGACCAGGACUCUGAAGGCGUGGGGACCGUGUGCAGCCACGGGAAGGAUGGCAAGGUGUGGGUUGAGUGGGACAACGGGAACAGGAAUUGCUACGAUUACAAGAAUGAAACGAAAGAUGUCAAGGCUGCAAACGAACCCAAGGUUCUUAAGUCUGAUGAGUUGAUUGCUACAGGAUGUCGGGUAACAAGAG